AUGGCACCUACCGCUACCAACGUCCGCAACAACGAGGGCAUUGCCAACUACACAAAGUUCUGGCAGAAGGACUCCAAGGAUGACUCGGCUACCGACAUGGCAAACCGUCUCUCCGAAUACACAUCGGUCGUAAACGGCUACUACGAUGGGGCUACCGACCUGUACGAGUACGGCUGGGGUCAGAACUUCCACUUUGCCCGCUACUACCCUGGUGAGGCUUUCAUGCAGGCCAUCGCUCGCCACGAGCACUACCUCGCCCACCAGAUGGCCCUCAAGCCCAAGAUGCGCGUCCUCGAUGUCGGCUGCGGUGUCGGCGGUCCAGCGCGUGAGAUCGCCCGUUUCGCCGACGUAAACAUUGUCGGUCUCAACAACAACGACUAUCAGAUCCAGCGUGCUCGCAAGUACACCGAAAAAGCCGGUCUCUCGGCUCAAGUCGAAUUUGUCAAGGGCGACUUUAUGAAGCUCUCUGAGCACUUUGGCGAGAACAGCUUCGACGCCGUCUACGCCAUCGAGGCUACCUGCCACGCUCCCAACUUCGAAGGCAUCUACGGCGAGAUCCACAAGGUGCUCAAGCCCGGUGGAACCUUUGGCGUCUACGAGUGGUGCAUGACCGACGCUUGGGACCCCAAGAACCCUGAGCACAAGCGAAUCGCCCACGGUAUCGAGGUCGGCGACGGCAUUCCCGAGAUGCGCUCCAUCCAGAACGCUCGAAACGCACUCAAGUCGGUUGGCUUCCAGAUCCAGCACGAGGAGGACCUCGCUGACCGCGGCGACAAAAUUCCCUGGUACUACCCCAUCGCCGGUAGCUUGAGAGAUUGCCAGACCGUCUGGGACUACUUCACCGUUGCUCGCAUGACCAAGAUUGGACGCGCCACCACCCAGACCGCGGUCAAGGUGCUCGAGACUCUUCGCCUCGUGCCUCAGGGCACACAUUCGGUCGGCGCUUCGCUCGUCACCGCCGCCGACGCUCUCGUGGACGGCGGCCGCACCAAGCUCUUCACGCCCAUGAUGCUUUUCGUCUGCCGCAAGUCAUCUUCGAACUGA